CCUUCGACCCAACAUAGUCCCAACAUGGCCUUUUGCAGCAGCUCCAGCACACAGUCUAGAUUUCUCCUCCUAGCCGCCCUCGCUGUCUGUGUGGCUUUUGUACGGACAGAAACUAUUGCUGAGGUUUCUCCCACGCUACAGAGUGAUAACCAGGAUACACUGUCUGGAGGGGGUGCGCCCAGUGAUGUCACCACUAAAGACCCAUUUCAGGACCUGACACAGAGCUCCUUCACUGACUAUGAGGACAGUACAGACACACCGACUGUGGAGGAGGAAGGUGUCCUCGGACCGGGUGCCAUCACAGCCAUCGUCAUUGCAGUGUUCCUCGGCGCCUCCGUUCUCCUCGCCCUCAUCGUCAUCACGCUCAGAAAAUUCACUGCCUCUUAAGAGUGGGACAACUUCCUGUUUUAGCCCCUCUGUCUCUCAUUUCUCUCUUACUAUUGUCUCUGUUUCCUCUCUCCAACUUUCCUUUGUCCUCUUUUUCUAGUAGACUUUUGAAGCCAUAUCUGUGUCCUGGGCCUCGUAGGCAGCCGGUCCCUCAUGAUUACGGUUGCUGUGGGAUUGUGGGUAGGAAACGCUGGUGCUAGUUCAGUGCCAAACAGGUCAAACAGACUGGGCCCAUUAAUAUGUUUGGUGUAAGUGGGCUUAUUUAGUUUGUGAUGAUGUCAGCUGACUCCUCGCUGUAAAGAGAGGGGGGUAAAAAGGCGUAAUGCUUCUGGCAGGUUUUUCCAGCGCAAAUUCAUAGGAUUUUAGAUGUUUAUAGAUUUAACUAGACAAUAUUUUCAAAUUUUCUUACAAAGUAUAACUAAUAUUUUCUCAUGCGUUUUUUUCUGAAUGUUUU